GCCAGUUUUACCGGGCUGUUGUCGCAAGCUUACAUGUUGUCUACACAAAUUAACAAGGAAACAACUAUACAUCACAUCUUAAUAUUACAAUAGUGUAAAUUAAGAAAUAAACAAAACCGACGGAGCCGGGUCCGCGUCACCUCCGCCUUUGCUGUGGUUCAAGGCUUUACGUGAUCACAACUGUGCACAUUAAUGACAAAGAAAACCUUAGUUGUCACGUAUUUUUGGUACCUUAAAUUCUAUUUUUUAUCAGUGCUCUUUCCAACUCGACUUCAAUAAAUAUCUUAUCAAUUCUUCGAUGAAAGACAGCCCGAUAUACUUCCGCUCGCUUUUGUUUUCGUCGAUUCUUCCACUAAAUUUAACCUGCCGAACAAUGUUAGAAAUGAAAUUUGGGUUCAUAAAAGAGUAAUUCGUUAGGAAAAUAUUAAUCACGACAAAAUGAAGAUUCGAGAUCGUCAAGCUAAGUCGAAUAAUGUCAAACCAGAAAAGAAAGGAAUUAAACAAGAAAAACAGUUGGGAAAACGUUCACCAGUAUUGGGAUCAUCGCCCCGACAAAGAACCAAGAGAUCGGGAGUGGAGGCUGUCAAACUACACCUGGUGACCACCGGUGGAACCGGCAGGUCUUCACGAUCAGCCACUGCAGUUCGUAAAACGAGCGUCCGAAUGACAGCAAUAAAAGAAUAUCCCUUCGACCUGAGUGAUUUGCAAAAUCAACAAAAGGCAGAAAACUUACCACCCCCUCAAUAUAGUGAAAAACCUCCAACCUCAAAUUUGGCACCGCAAACUACCGCAACACCAGACGGCAAAAGAAAAGUCUCUAUAAUGGCUGAUGAAAACAGCAAAGACAGGGAAAAAAUGCCUUCUGAAAGGAAUGGCCGAGUAUCUGGACAAGCGGAAGGGCCAUCGCGCCGAAAAAGCAACCUGCACAAUGCCAUGGCGGCUGAAAUGGAUUCAUCUUGGGAUCGACCUGCGCAUAUAGAAGGUAGAUAUAAAAAAUACUCAACGACAUCAUCAAUUUAUUCCAAGAAGGCUUUAUCACAUCACAGUGAACACAUCGAGAGAUCGUGGUGGUACGCUUGUUGCCAAAAGUGUCACAGCGACGACGCCGGAACUCCGUCGUGGGAGCCUCCGCACUGGCAAAAAAUUUGCCCGUACCCGUUAUGUCCUUCAUACAGACACUUUGCUCAAAACGUUUCAGUAUUAUUAAUUGGUAUUUUAGUUUGGGUUACAAUAUGGAUAGUAUUAGGAGAAACAGCAGCGCCUGGAGGGCAGCUGUUUACGCUAGCAGUUAUGACUAUAGCGGCGUACUUCGGCGGGUGGCUUAUGGUGAAACUUACCACGCUUCCAGCGCUAAUUGGGAUGUUAAUUGUGGGAAUAAUCCUAAAAAAUAUUGGUUUUGUUAAUUUCAAUUCCGAUUAUCAACAUGUGUGCUCUUAUAUAAGAAAAAUAGCUUUAACGAUAAUUUUAACUAGGGCAGGAUUAGACCUAGACCCAGUUGCAAUGAAAAAGUAUUUCUUUACUGUUAUAAAACUAGCUCUAGUGCCAUGGACAUUCGAAUGUUGUCUAUGCGCUAUUAUGGCCAACCUUUUGCUCGGUUUACCAUGGGAUUGGGCAUUUCUACUUGGUUCAAUAAUAGCAGCUGUGUCACCAGCUGUAAUUGUACCUUGUCUAUUUCGCCUCAGAGGUAAAGGAUAUGGAGUGUCCAAAGGGAUACCUACACUUGUGUUGGCUGUGUCCGGUGUAGACGAUGCUGCUAGUGUUGCUGUAUUUGGAAUUGUGUCAUCUAUUAUGUUUUCAAGUUCAUCGAUAACCAUGAAUAUAAUACAGGGUCCGCUCAGUGUUAUUGGUGGAAUUGCCUUUGGUGUAUUUUGUGGCUACCUCGUCAAAUAUUUUCCAGAACGAAAUGAUGCCUUUUUAGUACCUCUAAGAGUACUUCUUUUGCUUACUGGUGGUCUAAUGUCCGUCUUGGGGUCCGAAGAAAUCGGUUGGGGAGGCGGCGGUCCUUUGGCUGUGAUAGCGUUUGCUUAUGUCGCUUGCAAAAAUUGGGUGGAACAGGGCUGGGAAUUAGAAGACAAUCCUGUCGCUACUGCUUUUGAAAUCUUCUGGAUGUUCUUUGAACCUAUGUUGUUUUCCGUGACUGGUGCACAGAUUGUGAUUUCCGAAUUGCCGCCACACCUCGUUAUGGUGGGUUGUGGAAUUCUUGUAACUUGUGUAGUUCUAAGAGCUAUUGUCACUAGCGUCAGUGCGGUCAGGAGUAACCUCAACAUGAAGGAGAAAAUAUUUGUUGGUUUGGCUUGGAUGGCGAAGGCUACAGUGCAGGCUGCUUUAGCACCCGUCGCCUUAGACGAAGUCCGAAAAUUGGCAGGAAAUAACGAACCUUCAGCAGAAUUAAUUAAUUAUGCUGAAACAGUCAUCACGGUUUGCAUUAUGUCCAUCGUGAUCACGGCCCCACUCGGAGCUAUUGUCAUCACAAUUACGGGGCCAAGGCUUCUAUCUAAAACUACAAAGCCACCAGUUUUGGAAGGCUGGCGGCGCUCACACAGGCCAUCUAUUCGCGAUAUAUCUAUCAUCGAUGAGGAAGAGAUUGCGGAACGUGACGCUGAAAUGAGUGCAGAAGUACAUAAUUCACCUCCCAGUAGUCCAGAUCCAACGACCAAGGCUCCCAACGCCUACAGCACGCCGAACCCUAUUACUGUUCAACCCAACCACCGAACGUAAUUCUUACAUUCCUUGAUAUCCUUUUACCGUCCACCACAUUACUUUUUAAAAAGCGCUUUAUGCGUGUUCUAUAAAUAAUGCCCUGAUCGAGCAAUUAUUAUUUGCACCAGUAGUCUUAAGUGUUUGUAAGAUAUAUUAUUAACCAGACAAUAAAAAUUUAGGCAUCUCAAAGUUUCGGAACAUGGCCAACGAACGAAAUCUAAUCAAUCAUAUAGAGUAAGUAUUAUUUAUCAUUUUGAAAUAUACAUUUUGUUCAUAAUAGCAGAAGAAAACAAAAUGAUUUCUGGAAGACAUAACUGUUGACUCGCGUAUUUUUAAUACACGAACAUUCAAUUGAAUUAUGCCUACGUUUAAUAGAAUUUAGUUUGUUUUAAUAUACAAUAUACAUUGUGAUAAAAAAUGCUAAAAAUAAUAUUAAAAUAAAUGGGAGCGUCGUUAUUAAAACAGUUAUAAAUAUUUGUUCGGCUACUAGCCUACCUACGAGUUAAACUUUAAGUAGCAAGAGGAAGGUAUUUGUUUAAUAAGUUAUUUAUACUUUUGUAGAUUUAUUUAAUGCUUAGUUUAAAGUCGGUAUUUAAUGACCAUUUACUCAGAAGUGAAACAUAUUAUAUUAUAUUUAAACUUAAACUUACUUCGAUUAGGUACAUGUUAUUAAUUUUUUUCUAAUAUUUACUUAUACUUAAAUUCCACUCUUAAAAGUAUUAUCCAUAUAUAUCAUUCGAUCAGAUAUUAUAUUAUGUGGCCACAGAUAAUACAAUACUAGGUAUAUACAUGUCGCUAGGGAAAUGAAUUAUUCAUGUAUUUUUUUCUGAGCAUUAUUAGAACAUUUUCUGUACAUGUAAUAUACAGUUAUAAAAUUUAUAAUUAGCAUCAUAUAUAAUAUAAUAUCACUGGAUGUGAUUUUCAAUAUGUGACUUAAUGAACUAUUUAAUUAUUUUACCCACAUUUGUUUUAAGAUCAAUUUCUUAUAUUAAUGAUGAAAAAAUACAAAUUAUUUAAACUUUAA